AUGUCGGCUAUCAAACACUUAGCACAUCAAGUGCGACGACCCCGCAUGAAGAGUAGAGCCGUGAAUAUUCAUAGGUAUGCGGUAGCAUGGCUGCUGCAUCCUAUAAAUACUGCAGCUGCAUAUGCAUGAACCACCCUUAUCUGUUUUUGUCUCUGACGAUGGAUUCGAGCAGGAAUCCGAAACGUCAAACUAAUAAAGCUCAUGUCCCGGCGAAAGUGUCUUCUGCUUCUUCUUCUUCAAGACAGCUUCCUGGGACUCGUCUCUUCGCUUCUAUUGACAAUAACAUAAAUUUCAUAACAUUUUGCAAUGAAUCCGAACUGUGUUGUACAUUUCAUGAAAAACCCUUGGUAGACGGACAUGUACGAUGUUGUAUACAUGUACAUCGCGAGGUUUUGAAAAUCUUGUAAUAGAAACUUUUUAGAACCUAAAUAUACAUUUUCUUCGGGUAUGCUAUAUGAAGGCAGUAUGAUUUUCUGCCGAACAAGUAAAAGAAGACACAUUUUGUGCACGUUUUCUAUAAAAUUUAUCUGAUUUUAUAAGACCAUCUAAAAUCAAUACGAAAAAUGCAUGCAGCUUAAGUAGUCAUUUUUUGCAGAGGAUCAGGAAGGAGUGCAUCAAAAAUCUGAAAUCCUGGUGAGUCCGAAAUGCUAUAGGAUUAUUCCGUAAGAUAAGCAAUAUUACAACCCCACCUAAGUAAUCCUUCCUAAUCGAAAUCACAUUUCAGAAUUUCGGCCAAACUUUCAUGAGAUCGGUCACGCACUGUAACUGUAGCCUUUAAAUUUACUCUAGACCAAACCCCCCAACCCCUUAUCGUAACAGCAGCAUUCAUGAACACAGUUAUCACCCUGCCCGUAACAUUAGCACUAUACGACAGGGCAGCUCGAACAUAAAAUUCGACUGUGUCCACACUAUGUUUCAUCGCAAGGUCAGAGCAGGUGCAGUGGUUUGCACGUGAAUAAGUUUGAAUUGAUGGUAGACUUGCGCAGCAUCUACCGCACUCUUUCCCUUCUACUCCCCCACAUGAGUUCGGUGUCAAGAAGUAGUCAGGAAGAUUGGAGGCGGCGAUGCACGGCCGGACCCGCAUCUAAGCGUACAACCACACCCCGGGUCCACAAAAUAAGUCUGGCCAGGAUUUUAUUCAACAAUAAUAACACUACGACGGAUCAGAAGGAGGAGGAGGAAGAUGGCUGGACGGUCAUUCUCACGACCUCUUUAUCCAGUGGUAGCGCAAACACACCUACCGGCAGGGUACCAGGUUUCAAAUAACUGCCAGCGCAUAACAGGUUGCAAGGGCCACCGUUUGCUGAUCAAGUGUAGUGGACACUUACAUACCUUUAAGCAACAAAAGCACAACACUGAGACUAGCCCGACCCCUAACCCUACCUUCUUCUGGAGUCGGGGGCAGGGCCAGUCGUCAUGACGAGGGGGGUGCAUAUUAGCGUGCUUAUCCAUUAAGACUGCGCGAUAUUGUUAUUCACGCGGCCGAAAGGCGUUCGUUCUGACACAAAGUGCCCUUGCUGUGUUGAUUUGCCAUAUCGGUGUAUUUCGAAUAUCCAAAAAUUGGUUUGCAGCUGAAAACAGGGUUAUUCUAGAACCAAUGCACUGACACAAGGCGGCGUAAAUCCGACUGUCGGGUCUGCGGGCUCCCGCUUGCUGGCACAUGCUGUAUAGCAGACAACCGUCAGACAGGUAAAGUUUAAGUAGGCAAUAAUUUUACGUUCUGUUUACUUGUAGCGCAGGAAUGCAUUUUGUAAAUGUCAACCUCCAAUAUUUGCACUAUGCCUUAUCUGUAGCCCACGACCCCUGAAAACUAUUCGAAAAACUUUGCCUGAUAAAGGGUCUUAAGCCUAGGGAUAAGCUAAGAUAUGGGAGUAUCCUCUAGCUCACAGGGGCGCACUGUUUUACCAGUUACAUGUAUGCACCUGAGCACUGAUCGGGCUUUGAGGCGAAACAGAGUGCUACUAUCUCUGGUUUCAUCAGUGUUUUGGAUAAAACUCCAGUUUUCGGAUUCCUUUAAGUAAUUAAGUAUUAUUCCUCAUAACAUGUUUACUGAGAUCAAAAAACCGAUAUUCUAACAAUCCGCGUGAUGAUGAUGAUUAUGAUGAUGAUGAUGAUGAUGAUGAUGAUGAUGAUGAUGAUGAUGAUGAUGAUGAUGAUGAUGAUGAUGAUGAUGAUGAUGAUGAUGAUGAUGAUGAUGAUGAUGAUGAUGAUGAUGAUGAUGAUGGCAGAAUUCACUUGACUGAGUGUACCAGCCACUGGCGUCUGUCUAAAUGCUGA